AGAAAUUAAACGUGUGAAAGCUGAAAUUAAAACCAGUCGUGUAACGUUGCUUGAGAGAUACACACGUUCAUUUCGUGAUUAUGUGUGAUUUAACUACCUACUUUCAACAUUAGCUAUACAAAAACAUCAAAGUCAAACGCACAUAACCUAAAAAAAUUUUGUUUGUGGAUUUUUUUGUGAUAUUUAUCGAAACAAUGUUUGUGAAAAUGUUUUUGAGUUACAUGGAUUGAAACGCGCAGGCGCGCUGCAUUCUCAGUAAAAACAUAAUAUAACGCGACAGUGAAAAUUGAACUGUACAUUCAGUCAAAUAAAGUCUCUUUUAGCCUGAAAUACACAAUAACACUAUAUUCAUUGUAAAUUAAACCGUAUAGUUAGUGGAAUAAAGUGGUUUUUACUACAGCAUCAAAUUAAAAUGGCAGGGAUGAAUAUAUUUUCCAAAAUGGCGGGCACUGAAGCCAUGGUGAGAUUCGUGAAGGAAAUAGAAAGACAUCCGUGUUUGUAUGAUCAAAAAUCACUCGAUUAUGCGGAUCGAGAGCUCAAGAGAAAAACAUGGAUAGAAAUCGCUAAGAAAUAUAAUAGUACAGUUAAAGAAUGCAAGGGUAAAUGGAUAAAAAUCCGGAUUGCUUACAUCAGAACUUUGAGACCAAGUUAUGCCAAGGAAAUGCGAAAGAAUUUAAGAAGUCCAUACUAUUUAGCGAACCAUCUUAAAUUCAUAACACCUGUAAAGAAAAACAACUCAAAUUAUAGCCGAUCUUCUCCCUCAUCAUCAGAAAAUAAUCAUCAAUUAGAUGAAACAAAUGAAACAGACACAAACACAGCUGAUGAACCGUUAAACGAUUUAGACUAUAAUUCAGAUAGUAAAGAAUAUGAUAAUUCUCAACACCAAGUGUUUUUGGAUGAAGAUAAUAAUUAUUUUGAUAAUGGUAACGAAAUAAUAAAUGAUGAUACCGAAAUAGAUACAAAAGAAAUACUUUUGGAUGAAAUAAAUAAAAUAAAAGUAAAAGAAGUUAACAAUACAAGUGAAAAUAGUGGAAGAAUUGUGAAGAAAAGGCCUUGUUGUGAUAAUAUUGAGUGUAAUCCUAGAAAAAUGUUCCUCUUAAGUCUUCUGCCUGAUGUCGAAACCUUAACUGAAAAGCAAAUGAGGAGUUUUAGAAGACACGUGAUAAAUUUAAUUGACAACGUAAUAGGCGAAUAACUUUUAACGUAUUCAUAUAUGUAUUUGUAUGGUUUAAGUUAAGUAAAUAAAGUUUUUUUACCUCCGCUUA